UUGUGUGGCAAGGGAAGUUAGAUGAAAGUGCGAGAGGGUUUGGAGGGGAGCAGACAUCUGAGUUCUGAGGGCAACUUGUCCUGCUGAGGCAUCUUCACCAAACAGAGCUUCAAUGCUGCUCCUGCUGCUCCUGCUCUUCAAGGGACUUCCCUGCCAUGGAGCAAGCACAGUGGCUUCUCUUCUCUCAUCCUUUCACAAUCUCUCCGCUGCUCAUUCCUCUCUCUCAGCUCCCCUGCUCCUAGGAUUCCAUCAUCCAGCAGCAGAAGAGCCCCUCUCCUACCACUUCAUCCAGAUCUCCUCCUUUGCCAACCACAGCUGGGCAUACACCCAGGCCUCAGGCUGGCUGGGCGAGGUGGAGACUGAGGCCUGGGACAGUGUCUCGGGCACCAUCCGCUUUCUGAAGCCCUGGUCCCACGGCAACUUCAGCAAGGAAGAAGUGAAGAACCUUGAGGCACUACUGGAGUUGUACUUGCACAGUUUCACUACGGAAGUGCAGGUCUUUGCCAGUCAGUUUCAGUUUGAAUAUCCCUUUGAGCUCCAGGUAUUAUUUGGCUGUCAAAUGCGUGCAGGGAAACCCUCAGAAAGCUUCUUAAAUGGGGCAUAUCAAGGAUCAGAUUUCCUCAGUUUCCAAGGAAAUUCCUGGAAGCCAUCCCCAGGAGCAGGGAGUCGGGCUCAGAAUGUCUGUAGGGUGCUCAAUCACUACCGGGUUAUUAAAGAAAUCGUUCAGAGACGUCUCAGUGACACCUGCCCUAGACUUCUGGCAAGUCUCCUUGACGCAGGGAAGUCAGAGCUGGAACAACAAGUGAAACCAGAGGCUUGGGUGUCCAAAGGCCCCAGUCCUGGGCCUGGCCGUCUGCUGCUGGUGUGCCAUGUCUCUGGCUUUCAUCCAAAACCCGUGUGGGUGAUGUGGAUGCGGGGUGAGCAGGAGCAACCAGGCACUCAGCGAGGUGAUGUGCUGCCCAAUGCUGAUGGGACAUGGUAUCUCCGAGUAACCCUGGAUGUGACGUCUGGGGAGGCAGCCGGCCUGACUUGUCGAGUGAAGCACAGCAGUCUAGGAGGCCAUGAUAUAAUCAUCCACUGGGACGGAAACUCCAUCUUGCUGAUAUUGAUCUGUUUGACUGUAAUAGUUAUCUUGGUCAUGUUGGUUGUAGUUGACUUACGGUUUAAAAAGCAGAGCUCAAAUCAGAACAUCCUUUAUCCUCAUGUACCCAACCCUGCCUUUUCCACAAGAACCAACACUCGAGACCCCAGGAGUUCAGGACAUCUGCUCUGCUUGGCACAAGACUUGUGGAUCAAAAGCAAAUUCUUGAAGAAUUGGAAAACAAGCCUAAAGCGGCUCUGGUGACAUUAGUUGUACUUUACACAUAAAAUCCUCUUCUGCUUCUUCUUAAACAUGAGUCAUACCUACAGAAAAAAGCAUGAUUUUGUUAGAACAGCUUGUUCUAGCAGAAAUCCUGAGCCAUUUUGGAAAUCUCCUUUUUAUCUUCCAGCAUUUUCUUUCUGCUUUGGCCACAUGUUCAUUACUCUAAUUCAGAUGCCUCUUUCUCAUGGAUGCUUCCCUAGAUUACCCAAUUGAAAGCUCUUCUGUAUUUCCAAAAUUGGACUGAUCUUCCUAAAUACACUCAUCUUUUCCUACUUUCAACAGCAGUUAUGUAGGUUUUUCUCUUCUCUUUUCUCUCUGUUGCUUGAAAGCAGGAUUUAAGUGUUUGUAUCUGUUACGAAAAGCCUUACCUGGAUUCAGGGCCAGCUUCAUGGGCAUGUGAUCUUUGCAGUUGUUGCUAUCUUGAAAUUCUUAGUGAUUUUUGAAGAAGACAUACUGCAUUUUCAUUUUGUACUGGCCCCACAAAUUAUGU